ACCUAAGCAUUUCCUGUGUUUUGAAUGUCCAUCUAUUCUAACUUAGCGUCCAACCGCACCUGAACUUGAGUCUUUAACAAAGAAUUACUUUGAAAUCGCCGAUCAUAUUUAAUUUUUUCGUCCAGUGAGGCCAAAUUCUGGCCCUGAUAGAGGGAUUUUUGGGUUAAAUUUUGCGAUCGAGAAUGGCGUGGAUUGGCAAGCAGCCCCUUGCUAGGAUCAUCUUGUUCACGUGUAUUCUUGUUCUUCUGUCUUCCCAAGCACAUCAAGUAUCAGCUGAAUUCAAGUUCCUAUUCACCCCACAAAUGUUUUAUGCUGUUCCAUUUGGGUCCAACUUCAAGCUGAAUUGUACAACAAAUGAUGGAAAUGCCACUACACAAUUAUAUCAUCGUCAGUCUAUAGGAAGUGCUUGGAAUCUGCUCUCACCAACACCUGGCAAACUCAUUAAAUCUGGUCAKGUGUACACAGUUUUGGGCUUUGGUAUAUCUAAUGCAGGACAAUACCAGUGUCGUGCUACUAAUGGUUCAGGGGCUACUAUCAAAUGGUCGGACCGAUUGGCUAAUUUGAUUCCUAAUCCUAGCUUAACACCUCCACUCGAUAUCSAUCCURKKCRUGCUGUUGUCUUGACAAYGGGACAAUCGUAUAACGUCACCUGUUCUUCUGUGYCUCAAAGUACUCUWAAGUGGUUUAAGAAGYAUACUGAUGGUUCUGAGACAGCUGUACCAAGUAAUCAAAUACAUACAGAGAAAGAUCUUGAGAUAAACAAGUUAAAGSUGGUAUUAAUGUUCAAGAAUGCACAAAAAAACGAUGCUGGGAUUUACAUUUGCAAGAUGACUUACCAAGGGAAAGGAGACUUCAAAUAUUCAACAUUAGAAGUAUAUGAGCAUGAAUUUCCAAAGAUUCUGUCAUCCAGUAGUUCCCCACUCUUGUCGUUGCACUCUAAUGAAACGACCUUGCAUUGCUACGCAUAUGGACAUCCACGGCCAGAUGUAUAUUGGUACAAAGAUGGCAAGCAGAUUAAAAUAAAAGAAUGUAAACCUUUUCAAGUAGCUAAAGUUUGCAAUGACAAAAAAUACAAGAUUACAUCGAAACCAAUUACCAAGCACACAAAGAUAAAUGGUAGUCUGACAAUAUUGGACACCAACUUUCCAGAUGACCAAGGAAAAUACACUUGUAAAGCUGUCAAUACUCAAGGGGAAGUGAACAGAACAAUAGAUGUUAAUGUGCAAAUUCAACCAGUUAUUGUGCAGCGCAAAGAUCCCUUUUUCCAAGUUAAUAAUGAACCAAGUGAGGUAGAAUGUAAGAUUGAAAAAAGCAACCCGGCUGCAUCCUUUAGCUGGAUGUACCAACCUUGYGUUACUAGUCAGGUGGACUGCUUUCCCUCUCAAGGCGAAUGGAGGUCACUUCCUUCAAGCCACACCGUACAUCCAUCUCCUGUUAAGACUACAAAUCACAGCCGCGUCAAAGUUCCUAAAGAGCAGGAAGGUGCAUUUUAUAGGUGUACAGCAACAAAUAAAUAUGGCACUGAUAACCUGGUUUUAGCAUUCCGUCGCAUUGAUGAAGGACGCAAACUAGUUGAUAUCAAUGACCCCAAGAAGCCUCCAGUCUUGAUAGCUGGUGAACGGAUAAGAAUAGGGUGUGUUGCAUUGAGUCAAGGUGCAAUGUUUGAUGGUGGUAUUGAAUGGUACAGAGRCAAGACUCUCAUCUCUCCGCAGGCAGACCCACGAGUUAAUGUCACUAAUGUUAGAAUUGAUGACACAUAUACUAAUGUUGUAAUGACGAUAAUCAAUACGACCACUAAUGAUUCUGGUCUAUAUACCUGUGAUGCAAAGUUUUUGAAACCUCAGAAAAUCUAUAAUGACACCAUUAGGGUUGUUGUUCAAGCUCGUGUAAAGCCAAAUAUUACUGGAUUAGUUUCACAAGAAGUAAGAGAACAAUUUCCAGGAUAUGUAGAGUUUGUGUGUGAAGCAACCACAGCAAACCCAAAAGCCACCAUAAACUGGAACAAAAAACAAGGGGGAGAGUGGAGAAGUUUAGAAAGACAAAUCUCUAAAGGCCUUAGUUCAACUACUGAAUGCAAAACCAGAACAACAGGUUUUUAUGUGAUUCGUGAUGAUAACAGUCACCUUGUGAUCUGUAAACCUAAACACRAUGAACAYACUGGAUGGUAUCAGUGCACUGCAGAAAACACUGAAGGUAGAGAUGAAAAAGAGGCCCGACUUUAUGUAUUGGCUGCGGCAGAAUUCAAGUUUAUUGGAGAUGCUGAGGACCGCAGUUUUCAAGUAGGUUAUGGGGAAGAUCUCCUGAUCAAUUGCUCGACGAACGACCCAAACACUGCAGUAUUCUUAUACCGUAAGUUAUAUUAUGAGCCUAGUGGAAGUGUAUGGAGACCACUCUUACCGAAAGCAAACAAAAUCAUCAAAAAUGGACAAGUUUAUAUUGUGAAAAACUUUGACUCAAAUGAUGACGGCUAUUACUGGUGCAAUGCUACCAAUACUAGAGGAAGAACAAUUAAUUUUAACAAUCCUAGUUACACUAUAUUAGUUGAUAACCAACGGAUACUAAAUAGUAUUCAACUCAACCCCAAAUCAGCUAUGAUGCUGGUGGGAAGCAGUGUCUACUUUACAUGUUCUGCUGCCUAUGAAUCAAACUUACAAUGGUUUAAAGCAUUUAAUGUCACCAGUGUUGCGGUGUUGAAAGAUUUAGUGAGAGAGGAAAUAACAACUGACUUGCAUAAACGAAGCCUUCAUCUGAUUAUCAAGAAUGCCACAGUGAAGGAUUCAGGGUUGUACCGAUGUCUUCUAACAUACAAAGGAAAAGAAAGCCAAAGGGAAGCAAGGUUGACUGUGUUAGAUUACGAGGCACCCGUUAUCAAGUCUUACAGCGGUCAAUCUACUGGCAUUGUUGAGGUCAGAAACUCAAAAAAGACCAAUAUUAAUUGCACUGUUCAAGGAUACCCACUUCCCACCAUUCAGUGGUACAAGAAUGGACAUGAAAUACCUGCAUCACACUGCAAUGACACUGAAGCCAAUCCUUGCAAGACUGGUACAAAAUACUUGGCACGUUUAAGCCGUCUGCCAAACUCCAAAACAGUUACAAGUAAUUUGACUAUCAUAGGGAGCAUAUUUCCAGAUGACCAUGGCUCUUACAUAUGCAUGGCCAACAAUACUAAAGGACAUGCUACUGUGAAAAUUUUUGUUAACAUACCAGUCCCACCAAAAAUUUCAAGCCAAAGGCACCAAGUAAUUACUGUGGUUCUGGGAACCUCAAUCAACGUAACAUGUAGCGCUACUGGUAAUCCACUGCCUGAUGUAGUUUGGACAAGAACAGAUGAUCCCAACAGGAAAGUACUGUCAAGUGGUAAAGGGAAAGCUUUGCUGAAGGUGAAAGAUAUGCAGGAAAAAGACUUGGGAAACUACACAUGUAAUGCUACGAAUACCAUCAUGUCCGUCACUGCUCUACUGACUAUCAAAGAAUCGAAGGAAGGAAAAGUUAUAACACUAGUACAAAAAGAGAUGCCUAGAUCAAUUGUUAUCGGGAUCAUUUGUGGAUCUGUGGUGUUUACGUUUAUCGUCGUCAUAAUCUGCUUUAUUCUAUAUCGACGUCAACAAAAGCAAACAAAAGAAUACAAACUGCUUUACUUCAUGAAAAUGGGAAACACAAACUAUGUGAUUGACCCAGACCGUAGUCUUCUUGAACAAUGUAACAACCUUCCCUACGAUCUUGACUGGGAAUUCCCCGAAGAGAGACUUAUUCUUGGCGAACCUCUUGGUUCUGGAGCGUUUGGACAGGUAUUGAAAGCAGAAGCCAUCGGCAUGCCAGCCUUCAAGCCCAGAGAUAAAACCGCUGAAGCAAGGAGACUUCGAUCAAAACUACGAAGUUCAAGGCGCAGGUGUAAAGACGAACAGAACAGCUCGGUAACGGCAAAACAAACGGUGGCAGUGAAAACCCUUCUAGAUGAAGCCAGUGAGAGUGACUACAAAGACUUGGCCUCAGAACUAAAGAUACUUAUUCAUCUCGAAGAACACAAGAAUAUUGUCAACGUGCUUGGUGCCUGUACACGUGGUCGUCGACUGUUGAUGAUCAUCGAGUACGCUCCCCAUGGUAACCUGUUGUCAUUCCUUCGUGCCAGACGAGAUAUUUACGAUGCAAACUGGGUGAAAACCUCGAAUAAUCCCGAUCAGGAGUUCACUUUGGUGGAUUUAGGAAUGACAGCUUAUCAGAUAUCGCGAGGCAUGGAGUUCUUGGCUUCUAAGAAGUGCGUUCAUCGUGACCUUGCAGCCCGUAACGUCCUGGUUGGAGAAAAUUACGUCAUGAAGAUCUCGGAUUUUGGUUUAGCACGUGACAUCUAUCAAGAUGACCUUUAUGUGAAAACAACCAGUGGAUUGCUGCCCGUCAAGUGGAUGGCUUUGGAAUCUUUGUUUGACCGGGUCUACACAGAAAAGAGUGAUGUGUGGUCAUUUGGUAUCGUGUUAUGGGAGAUAUUUACUUUAGGGGGCUGUCCGUAUCCUUCUGUACCCUUGGAGGGACUUAUAGACUUUCUGAAUAAUGACAAUCGAAUGGAAAGACCGUCACACUGCCCCGCAGAGAUGUAUGACAUUAUGAAAGACUGUUGGAGGAAAAUUCCUGAUCAGAGACCAACAUUUGCGGAACUGACCGUGGGAAUCAAAAGGGUUAUCGAAAAGAAUGCUCCCAAGGGUAACCAAGAAGCUUGUCUUGAAGCAGUACACGAACCAAUGCGAGCCAGCAACGAAUACCUGACUUCAGCUGAAUCCUUACCAUCAACUAGAAAAACAAGCCUGGGUAAUCAGGCCACAAAGGCACCAAAUACUAAGAGCGAUGACUUAAGCAAGAACAGUACUGCGUCUGUGAAUGGUAUCAUCACUGAGCCUGAAGUGAACGGCAACACUAGCUUCUUCCAGACUGGAAAGAAACGAGUGAAAAAAGAAAAGAAACCCUUGUUACCUCAGUCUUCUUUUAGUUCUAGCAAACCGAACUAUAUCAACCAACAUGAAUCAGCAGUGGAUGUACUACGCUCGUUCGGCUACCUACAGUUACUUUCCUUCACAAUCCCUGAGUUUUAUUUCCAAGCACUGAAAGGAGCAUUUAGAUUCCUAAAGCAGCCAGGCAUGUUCUGGAGUGUCUUCAGUAGACAAAAAGUCGUUCUAGACUGCCGAACUACAGAUCCUUUAUCAACAUCAAUAUUGUAUCAUAAGGGUAGACCUGUCAUUACUUCACCUGGUUCUUCGAUCUCCAGGAAUGGUUCUAUCUAUAUCAUUCAAGGUUUUAAAAUUAUCCAAGCAGGGAUGUAUCGUUGUGAUGCUCUUAGCUCUAGUGGCCAAAAGAUCUCUUGGCAAACCAUAUUGUUGUAUCUUUCAAAUCCAAUUUCAUCUUUGAAGGUAAAUCCUUUGCAGAUGAUGAAAAUACAAGGAGAUUCAUUCAACCUUACAUGUGAAGUCAAAUUCACACGAGCUGCAGAUCUAAUCAAUAUUAAGUGGCAAAAACAAGUUGGAAAUACAAGUACAUUUGCUGAUAUAUCAAGCAAUAGAGUCUUGAAAACUAAGAUAAACAAUAACCUGAACUUGAUUCUGAUUUUUAAAAAUGCCGCACCAAUGCUGAAGACAAAGUAUAGAUGUUCUGCUGGUAUUGGAAAGGAUGAUACAGAAAGAGAAGAUGCUUCUGUUACUGUUCUUGUUCGAGAUGCUCCAAACAUCAUUUCUUUCCCCACCACCAAAGAAAUAGUUUUAAAACAACCUCAAGACUUCAUUAUCAAUUGUACAGCAAGAGGAGUUCCUUAUCCUGAAGUGCAGUGGCUCAAAGAUGGAAAGAAACUGACCCUAUGUCAGUUCAACUGUGAAUCUAAAGGGUACACCAUGAUAACGUGUAAUUAUCAAAACGAUGUUCACGUUAAUAGUCACAACUGCCUGAAGAUACUAUCAGCCACAUAUCAACGGGAUAAUGGCACUUAUACUUGUGUUGCAGAGAAUGGAUUUGGCCUUUCAGAUAGCCGAUCAGUAGCCGUUGUUUUUCACACUGCUCCACAGAUCGACAAAAGCCAGGCUUCUACGAUAUUUGCUCCAUACAACACAGCUAAAACGCUUUCAUGCGGCUUGAUUGGUGGCUACCCACGCCCUCUCUUUAGCUGGUUCUACCAGAUCAGGGUCUGCGACAAUAAUGAUAAGUGUAUACCACAUAACAAAAACUGGGUGCCUGUGCCAUCCAGUCACCAACAACAACCACCAAGUGGCACGACUAGUGAUGCAAGCAAUCUGAUCAUUCCAUCGUCAGCAGAUUCUUUCUUUUAUAAAUGUACAGCAAUAAAUAUCAUUGGUCAGGAUAGCAAGAUAUUCCAGUUUCAAAGAUCUCGAGUAGAUACACCAAGUGCAAUCAUCAAAACCACUAAACGAAUCAAUGCAGAAUCAACCCUAACAGCACGGUGUAUCAUAUCUAAGGGAAGAUUCACUGAUUGGCUAAAAAACGGCGUGAAAAUCCCUGUUUCCGGAGGAGACCCUAGAAUAUCAAUUGCAACGUCUUCGAAGAAGAAUCCGAGCAAGGAAACUACAACCUUAACGAUUGUUAACGUUACGGCUAGUGAUACUGGUGUAUACAUGUGUAUGGCCAAGACACUUGUAGGGGGUACGGUGCUCAACAGCUCAGCAACAGUUAUAGUCAAAGCCGUCUAUCCGCCCAACAUCACCAACCUCCCUAAUGUAACAGCCUACGACUACUUCAACAACAUUACGCAUGCGCGAAUAACAUGUCAAGUGGAUGCUAAUCCUAUGGCAAUCAUCACGUGGUACAAAUCAGGCUUUGAACUGACAGGCUUGAUAGAGCAAGAUAGCUGUCAUAAUAAGGUUCGGGGUUAUUACGUACUAAGGACGGCAUCUAGAAGCCGAGAUACUUUGCUCAUCUGUGAUGUUGUGCAUGAGCAGCACACGGACUGGUAUACAUGUGCUGCUAAGAACAAGAAAGGACACGACCAAAAAACAGCUUAUCUCGAUGUAAUGACUCCUCCCAGAAUUCAAAGCGAUAAAACAUAUAAGAUGCUGGACAUUCCUAUUGGCGAACCAAUCAAUGUGACGUGUACAGCCACAGGGAACCCACACCCUCUAGUUGAGUGGCGAAAAAUAUCUACCAAUGGUUCGACUGUACUAUGGCGAAGCCUGUCUGGGACCAAUGCAGCAAGACUCGAGGUCCAUGCAUUAGACAUAGAGAGCCUGGGAAACUACACGUGUGUUGCUACUAACCCUGUAGGGACUGCAUCCAUGCAGCUUGACGUUCGAGAGCUGCUCGGCCCCGCUCAUCAACGUCUUACCGAUCCUCUAAUAACUAUUGUUGCUGCAAGUGUUGGGGGAGCUAUUGGUCUGGUAUUCCUUGUAGUUCUUUUGCUCUGUUGCCACGUACAUCGGCGAAACCGAAGGUUAAUCGAAGAGUACAAGGCUCUGAGAUACCUUAGGAAGGGAGAAGACUAUAAGAUUGACCCCAAUCGUAGCCUUCUAGAGCAAUGCGAAGAUCUUCCUUACGAUGACGACUGGGAAUUCCCAGAAGAGAGACUCGUCUUCCACGGUGUCAUAGGAUCAGGAACGUUUGGACAAGUCAUGAAGGCCGACGCAGUAGGAAUACUGUCAUUUAUACCGCGAGACAAGACCUCAGAUGCUUUCAAAAGACGUUCAAGGCUCAGAAGAAGGUUGAGUUCAAGUCGGAUGUAUCAGGAUUCAGAUGGUAAUCAGUAUCAUAGAACUACGGUUGCGGUCAAGACUCUUAAAGCCGAGGCAACCGAGAGCGACUACAAGGACUUGGCGACAGAACUGAAGAUCAUGAUCCACCUUGGUGAGCAUAAUAAUAUCAUUAACCUACUUGGCGCCUGUACACGUGGCAAGCAGUUGAUGGUUGUCAUGGAGUACGCACCGCAUGGAAAUCUCUUGAACUUCUUGCGCAGUCAUCGUGAGAUCUAUGAGGCGACAUGGCGCAAGACGGCUAAUAAACCUGAUGCGGAGUUUACGCUGGCGGAUCUUGUGAUGUAUUCUUACCAAAUAGCACGUGGAAUGGACUUCUUGUCUUCAAAAAAGUGUGUACACCGGGAUCUCGCGGCCAGAAACAUCUUGGUAGGAGAAGAUUACGUCAUGAAGAUUGCUGAUUUCGGUUUGGCACGUGACAUCAAGAACACUGAUGUGUACAUAAAGCAGACAACAGGUCUCCUGCCCGUCAAGUGGAUGGCACCAGAAUCGUUAUUUGACCGAAAAUACACAGAGAAAACAGACGUAUGGUCGUUUGGUGUUAUCCUGUGGGAAAUUCAAACACUGGGAGGUACACCAUAUCCAGGGAUCCCUGUGGAAGAGCUGUUGGACUACGUCAGUGAAGGCAAACGCAUGAGACAGCCUAAGGACUGCCCGGCUGAGAUUUACGCCAUCAUGAGAGACUGCUGGCUAGAAAAUCCCAGUCAGCGUCCAACAUUCUCUGAAUUAGUCCGCAGAAUUGAGAGAAUUCUGGAGAAGAAAAUUGCAGGGGAAGAGACAGACAAUGCUUAUAUUAGUGUCUUCAUGGACGAAGACCUUCAUCGAAUUUACUACCUGGAACCAACAGACACGUUCUCCGAAGUCUCAGGCACUAGCGGUUCUGCUCGACUAAUGUCAACACAGUCUUCUAUGACUGAAGAAGAACUGACUCGCUCUCCUCUGCCACCAAUCCCAUGUCAAUCACUGGAAGACAUCCACGAAGAACCUUCCAACAAGUACUUCGAUCUAACAGACGACCACGUUGAAAACUACUGCGAGCCUUGUGAUAACUUCAGGCAAUUACCUCUGAACUCUGACACCUCUCAGCGAACACCGAACGGUACCGUAAAAACCUAUGAUACGAAUUAUGAUUUCCAUCGACACGAUAGAAGGAGAGAGAGUGAAGGUUCGACUGGAGUGGAGAGUGGUAUUGGUUUGGAAGAGUCGUUUCUAGGGAGCGACAAGGAACCCUCGAUUGAUAGAAAAAAACCCAAUGACAACCAUAUAUGUGUUCGAGAGAAGAAAUCAAGAAAUCCGUUUGUCGCUGAAAGGGUAGCACUUCUAAAUUCAAUGCUUUUUAAAGAUAAAAACAGAGAAACCAUGCUAUGAUUGAAAUUCAAGAACUGAUCUGGGGAAUAGAUAGGAUGCCUUGAGGAUUUUCUAGUUGAUGUCACUGUGUGCGUCAUCUGUGAUUCAACGUACCCUCAUUAGAAAGCUCUAUAGAAUCAAAUGCAAGAUUAUAGAUUGUAUUUUGCCUCUGAUUUUUUAUAAUACUCCCCAAAGCAUACGCGCAAAAUUGUACAAUUCGAGACGAAAUAGGUUUUGUUGGGCGUCAAACAAGGCGUGUUCAGUUUCAAUGGCACUAUACAUACAAAACCGUCAUGAAUAUUGUUGUAAAUUUUUAUGCGAUAAAAAUCAAUAGAAAAGAUUGGUGUACUAUAGUAGAUUGUAAGAAAACAGUUAUUAUGAGUGACAAAAGAAUUAUUAGCUAGAGGAUUUAUUAUUUAUGGGUAUAUUGUAGAUGGAAAUUUUAAUAAUAGUAAAUUCCUUUUCCAGGUUCUCAUUCCAGGGUAGGGAUUCUAUAGACCCUUUACUUUCACUUUGGCCGUAUAAUGUUUACCUAUUUGAGAUCUUUUCAAAACAAGUUUCUUUGUAUAUUUUCAAGAAUUUAUACAAGGGAAAAAAUAUUACUCAAGAGAAUGACCCGUGAUCUGGAAUGAAAAAAAACACGCCCAAAAAGGGAUCAAUGAAGGUGUUAUGUUAUUUAACAAUGAAUUGAAAAGAUUAAAGCUAAAUAAUAUUUA